GCGUUAUUUUCAAGAUGUCUGCGCCCAUGUAAAAAGUAUUUAUUGUGAAUUAAGGUUAACAACAACUAUCAAGAUUAACAGCGAAUUAUACCGCUGCUGGUAGAUUAUCGGACAAGUUCUUAGUCUCUCUGCGUUCAAUUUGUUUUACUGGGAAUCAUUUUGUACAGUGGUGAAUAUUUUAUGAAGUUGAAGUGAAGGAGAAUGGCUGAUGAGAAUAUCACAAACAGUCUUCUGAAAAGGUUACAUGAUUACAAUGAAAGCUUGCUGGAUGAAAGUUUCAAUAAGAAACAAAAGAGAAAGAAAAAACAAAGAGCAGAUGAGGAUGAUUUAGAUAAAGAUUCAUCAAACAGUAAAGGUAACAGACGACAAAAGAAAAAGGAAAGGAAGAAACAGAAGAAAGAACUUUUACUGAAUCCAAGAGUAAAUGAAAAUAUUAAGAAUGAAGACAUAUGUAAAUUAACAGGACAAAAAAGAACUCUCUUUGAAAUGAAAAAUGAACUUGGGUUAAACGAAUUAGAAGAGAAGUUAGAAUCUGAAAAACAAUCUAUCUCACAGAAAAAUAAAAAUGGAAAACCCACAAUGGGUCCUGAGGUUGUUGUGUAUGAAAAUCCUAGCAAACGAAAAAGAAAGAAUAAAGGAUUAGGAAAACAUACAGGAAUGAAGGAUGGUAACUCAGAUGAAGAAUUUGACAUGAAGAGAGCAAGAUUUGAAGUCAGAAAAUUUGGUAUAAAAGGUUUUGAAGGAAAUAAAAAAGAUGAAGCCAUGGUGGCUCUCCUUGUACAGCUAGGAGCCAAGCCACCAAAGAACAAGUUUUACAAUUAUAAAGAGUUUAUUACAAUGAAAAAAACUGAGAAGGCAAACGAGAAAAUACAGAGAGAAAUAGACAGAAGCUUAGGGUAUAAAGUCGCACCAAACAGAGGCAAAAGAAGACAAAAAGACAGGAAUGAUGUGGGUGGCUAUGUGGAUGGACAGGUUGGAAAGUUUAAAGAUGGAGUACAGUUUGUUAAAAAAGCUGAUCUUAAGGGAUUUGCUAGUAAAAGAAAAAAAUAAAAGUAUAAAAUUUUAAA